AUGGGCUUCAUCGGAGAAAAGAACGAUGGCAUCUCGCCGGAGAUGAAUAGAGAGUUGUCCGGCGACAUCACCAAGGUGGAGGAGGGUAUCGUCGCGGGAGAGCAGCAUGACCUCCACCGAGACCUCAAGGCCCGUCAUAUUACUAUGAUUGCCAUCGGAGGUGCUAUCGGUACCGGUCUAAUUAUUGGAACAGGAGAAGCUCUUGCAAAGGCUGGCCCUGCAGCUAUCUUAAUCUCUUAUUCCAUUGUCGGUCUUGUCGUCUAUACCGUCAUGUGCGGCCUGGGAGAAAUGGCCUCCUGGCUACCUUUGUCUUCUGGUUUUACUGGCUACGCUGUUCGAUUCUGUGACCCGGCUCUUGGCUUUGCUCUGGGAUGGACAUACUGGUUUAAAUAUAUUAUUCUCACACCGAACCAGCUAACAGCUGGCGCGAUGGUCAUACAAUAUUGGAUACCGACAGAAAGAGUGAACGCAGGUGUUUGGAUUACAGUGUUCCUUGUGAUCAUUGUUUCCAUUAAUUACUUCGGCGUCAAGUUUUUCGGCGAAUUCGAGUUUUGGCUGUCCUCUUUCAAGGUGAUAGUCAUCCUCGGCAUCAUCUUGCUCUCUUUCAUUUUGAUGCUGGGAGGCGGACCCGAUCACGACCGGAAAGGAUUCCGCUACUGGAAGAGCCCAGGCGCCUUCAAUACGUAUAUCGCUGAUGGAGAUGCCGGACGCUUCUUCGCGUUCUGGUCGACUAUGGUUUCGGCAACGUUCGCCUAUCUGGGUACGGAGUUGAUCGGUGUAACUGUCGGAGAGGCUCAGAAUCCCCGCCGAACCAUCCCCCGCGCGAUCAAGCUUACCUUCUAUCGAAUUGUCGUCUUUUAUGUGACCAGCGUCUUGCUCGUCGGUACCCUCGUCCCCUACAACUCAGACGAGCUCAUCUUUGCCACGAAGCAGUCCAGCUCCGCUGCUGCAUCGCCCUUCGUGGUGGCGGUGGUGCUUGCCGGUAUCCCGGUUCUUCCCCACAUCCUGAAUGCAUGCAUUCUGUUGUUCGUCUUCUCCGCAUCCAACUCCGAUUUGUAUAUCGCGACCCGAACCAUUUACGGUCUGUCUCGGGAAGGCAAAGCACCAAAGUUCCUAUCGCGCACCGACAAGCGUGGUGUCCCCGUCUACGCCCUGAUUCUGUGUGCCCUGAUUGCCUGCCUUGCCUACAUGAACGUUUCCAGCGACUCCAAGACCGUCUUCGGCUACUUCGUCGACCUCGUGACCAUCUUCGGUCUUCUGGCCUGGAUCUCCUUGCUGGUCACGCACAUCCACUUCAUCAACGCCCGCAAGGCCCAGAAUGUCCCCGAGCACGAGCUAGCCUACAAGUCUCCCUUUGGCAAGACGGGCGCUUACAUCGCCCUCGCAUUCUGCAUCCUCAUCGCCCUGACGAAGAGUUACGACGUCUUCACCCACAACCCUAAGUGGGGCAACUUCAACUACAAGAAAUUCAUCACGGCCUAUCUAGGCAUCCCUCUCUACUUGAUUCUGAUCUUCGGCUACAAGAUCUUCACCGGUGCCAAGGGAGUGAAGCCCGAGGAGGCCGAUCUCUGGACGGGCAAAGACAUCAUCGAUCGCGAGGAACAAGAGUACUUGGCCCGGAAGGCUGUUCUGGAUGAACAGCGUGGCACUGGAAGCUGGUUCUACAGGAACUUUGUGUCCUGGCUCUUCUAG